AUGGAGAACCUUCUCAACAAGUUUAUUGCAUCAGCAAGCGCGGAACUGCUGAGAUUCAUUUUGCUUCGUGACGCCAACAAACUCCUGCCUCAAUUCGUCCCUCUUUGGACUCCUGCUACGCAAGCUCUUCCACCCGCCUUGCCUUGUGCCGUUACGGUAUCUUCCUUCCAUCAUCGCAUCCAUAUGCACUGCUCGACAACUGCUCUCCAGAAGGAAUUUCAGUGCAAACAACUCUACCAACUCUGUUCAAAUCGCUAA